AGACACAGGUAGAGGUAGAGAGACAUAGAGACAUACACACAGACAGAGAGAGAGGCAGCAUGGCCACACAGGCUGUAGAGGAGAGGACGGGGAGCCGCAGCCAGAGCGAAGUCAACAGGAGGCUGAAGUACAUCAGUCUGGCGGUCCUGGUGGUCCAGAAUGCGUCCCUCAUCCUCAGCAUCCGAUACGUCCGCACGUUGCCAGGCGACCGUUUCUACGCCACGUCGGCCGUCGUCAUGGCGGAGCUCCUGAAGGUCGCGACCUGUCUGAUCAUCAUCCUGCUGCAGAAGAGAUUCAAUGUGAAGGAGACGGUCUACUUCCUGGUGGACUCCAUUGUUUUCCAGUAUAAAGACACUCUCAAACUGGCCGUUCCGUCUCUCAUCUACACUCUCCAGAACAACCUGCAGUACAUCGCCAUCUCCAACCUGCCGGCCGCCACCUUCCAGGUGACGUACCAGCUGAAGAUCCUCACCACGGCUCUGUUCAGUGUGAUGAUGCUGAGGAAGUCUCUCUCCAGAGUGCAGUGGGUCUCUCUGCUGCUGCUGUUCUCCGGGGUCGCCGUCGUUCAGGUGCAGCAGGAGGGGAAGAAGGAGGCGUCGGUGUCGGACGGCACCAACCAGAACUACACGGUGGGUCUGGUUGCCGUGGUGAUCAGCUGCCUGUCGUCGGGCUUCGCCGGCGUCUACUUUGAGAAGAUCCUGAAGGGCAGCUCGGCGUCCGUCUGGAUGAGGAACGUGCAGCUGGGGAUCUUCGGCACGGCGCUCGGCAUGCUGGGACUCUGGUGGAAGGACGGCGCCGCCAUCGCCGAGCACGGCUUCCUGUUCGGCUACACCGACAUGGUGUGGUGCGUCAUCUUCAACCAGGCGUUCGGCGGGCUGCUGGUCGCCGUGGUGGUGAAGUACGCCGACAACAUCCUGAAGGGCUUCGCCACCUCCUUCUCCAUCGUCGUCUCCACGGUGAUGUCCGUCUACCUGUUCGGCUUCCACGUGGACCUGCUCUUCUCGGCGGGGGCGGGGCUUGUCAUCGGCGCCGUCUACAUGUACAGCCUACCCAAAGCCUCCUCGGCCCCGAGCUCCUCCUCCUCCUCAGCGCCUUCGGCGUCGCCGAGAUCCGACGGAGGAGCAGAGAUGGAGGCGUUUCUGCCAAAGUCAGUGCUGAGCUCAGGGAGGCGCGGCGUCUCCCCCCCCCGCCGUCCUCGUCACAGACUAACUGCUCAAAGCACAACAGGAGGAGGAGGAGCAGCGGGUCUCUGCCUUAAAACUCUCUCUGUCACUAACUGAAAGAGGAGAAGCCUUACGCUGAAUAUUGGUUAUUGAUCCUGAACAUUUCUUCUGAUCAGGUUUAUUUUCAUUGAUUUAUUUCUGAUGAACUCUGAUGAAAACACAAAAUAGAGAAAAAUGUCUCCGAGUCCAAAGUGACUUCUUCAAAUGUUCUUCUUCUUCUUCUUCUUCUUCUUCUUCUUCUUCUUCUUCUUCUUCUUCUUCUUCUUCUUCUUCUUCUUCUUCUUCUUCUUCUUCUUCUUUUUCUUCUUCUGUGGUUUGUUUCCUGCUGCGGUUCUUCUUCAUGAUAAGCUGAUAAUCAAAACAGAUUUCAUUGAAUGGAGGAGACCAGGUGAGUCACAUGACCUUCCAUGUGACCUCGUGUUCCCCUGAACUGAUGGGUUUAAGUUCUCAGUGAUCUAUUGAUUGUCCCGCUGAUGGCUCAGAGUGGAACAUGCGGAACCUUGAGCUCCUUUUAAUAGAACAAUAAUCAUCACAUAUUGAUCGAUAAGGAGUGGAAACUCCGGGGCUGUGUGAUUUCAGCUCUUAUUGAUUAUUGAUUGAUUCUCGUGAGUGUUGGGUGCCUUUACAUGGUGUGUGUGUGUGUGUGUGGUCAGCUGACCUCUGAUCAGUGAGUCUCUUUAGACGUCCUGAAUGUGUUCGGUCUGACAGCUGCUUCCUGUUUACCUUGUUUACCUUGUUGUUGUUUACGUUGGGAGGAAGCUUCCUGUUGUUUUGUCUCCAGAUGCUGCUGACUCCAGUUUGUUACUGAACUUAAUCAGCUGAUCGACUGAUCGAUGUGAUGAUUUCAUCUUCAUCAUCAUCUUCAUCACAACAUUCAGUUUGAUGUGAAAUCAGAAAACUUUGACUUUUGAUCUAAAGUCAAUAUGUUUCAUAAUAUUUCUGUGAUUCGUCUUUUUCAACACAAACGUUUAAUAAUGAAACUGACAAACAACCUUUCAUUCCUUCACUUAAAGGAGAAGAUGAUGAUUAUUGAUUAUUGAUUGAUAACUCUUCGUGUCGUUGGAGCGUCGUUCUUCAUCUUCUGCUGGUCGUCAUGGAGACAAAAUACAGAACAAAGGGAUUCUUUUUUUUAAGUACAAAUAUUCUGUUUUAAUCAUCAGAAUCAAAAAGAAAACCUUAUUUUGAUUUUGUCUUUUUUGUGUUUUUGUAAAAAAGGUUUUUGUCUUUUGGGAACAAAUAUAAAUAUAUAUAUUAAUAUAUCAUGAGUUUAAUUUAAGAGGGAAUGAAAGUUGGAUCUGUGUUUUCUGGUGGAGGAAGAGGAAAGUGUGAACUGAUCGAUUGAUUGAUUUGAUUGACUGACUUUAGGACUCAAUGGUUGCCGUGACAACGAGGACAAAACAAUCUGAAUGUUUUUUAUUAUAUAAUCAGAGAUGAGGUUUAAUACGCUGAGCAACGUGGAAACUAUUUAUUUUUUUGGAUCAUAAGUUAAUAAUAAACCAGAUCAAUAUGUUUUAUGAUCAACAUCAACAAUAACGCUGUUUUCUCAAUAUGAUCAGAUAAAUGUGGGUUGAAUCAAAAUGUUAUUGCCAGAAAUCAUUUUGUUUAUUAAUGAAAUAAUUAUCUCGUCAUUUUGAUUUAAUUAUAAGAAAUAUAAUAAAAACAUUCUUAUUUUCCUGAAAUAAUAAUUUCACGUCGGCUCUCCGUAUUAGAUCUUUAAUCUUUUUGUUUGUUUCUGCUUUUGCAUCAAAAUUCUAACUAAAUAUUAAGAAUAUUUAGAGGAGAAGCAGUUUCAUUUAUUUUAUUUAUUAUAAGUUGCACAGAGAUUUUUUUUUUUUUUUAAACAGCCUGAAACAAUAAAAGAUGUAAAGAGCUUUUAAUUUGGUGCCAAACGUCUCAGUGAACCUCUUUACUCUGCGGCGCCUCCUGCUGGCCGCUCCCCGUCCUGUAACCUCUGGAGGAGUUAAGCUCUUUUAUUUUGAAGUCUGAGAGUUGAUCCUGAUUGUUCGAUUCCUCUUAAUCUGUAAAUACUUCUUUUGGUAAAGUUUUAUAUAAACAAGGAAAUGGACUCAAACAUCUGUAGUUUGUCUUCAUUUGUAGUUUAAUUUGAGUUCAGCUGUUUAUUUCUGCAGCUCGUUACGACGUCAUUAAUAAAAAUAAUAAAUCUGGAGACGAAGAAGUUAAAAAUAUAAAGGAAGUCAGAAAUUUAUAGAACUUUGAUCUUG